AUGACAAAAAUUCAUCCUCAACUCUCUCCGAGAAGUUCCGAUACGAGCUUCUUUUCUUCCGUGUAUUCUAUAACGCCUUUGGAUUUGAGGCAGCAGAAUGUUGUGGAUGCAAAUCAAACUAAUAAUGAAACCGUUCUACCAACAAAGAAGAAGACAUUAUCUUCAAUUCUAUGCCUCUCCUUGUUAACGAUCAUCAUUGCGAUCGCGAGCGUUCAACUUCUUUCAUCGUCGGUGUGGAUUGCUCUCUUCAGUUCAAGCAUGUCAACUUCUCAAAGCAAGUACGGCAGCAAACUGUUCGAAAAAAUAACCCUUCAUAUCAACAGCACCUUGCUCGGUGCGUUGAUGAUUUCAGAGAAUGUGAAGGAAAGCAUCUCAACGUUGGAUGUGAACAAUGUUGAUGAUGGGAUAGCGCAAAGAUUGUUAAAAUCCUCCAAUUCUUUCUUGCCCACACCGUUAUUGAAUUCGAUAUAUUUUGGUGAUGGGACUCUUGGCAUGAGUUUGACCGAAAUGACAAGAAUCAAUUCAAAUAAUACAGUUUUUGCUUAUUGUCAAGAUAAAGAGUGCAAAGAGAUGUCAUCACUUAAUGUUAAGGCAACCACAUUUAACCAAUCGCACAGUUUGCAGAUUCUUUCACUCGAUGGCCCAAGUUGCUCUCUCUCAUAUUUCGACAAUAUUCUAACGAACAGAACUAUCCUGAGUUGCAUAACUUUUCAUUUGGACAAUCAAACAUCACAACUGGAUUGGUAUUUUGGUUUUGAUAUCAGCACGGAUACUUUGUCAAGACUUUUGGCUGAUUCCAUCGCUAAAUCAGACCAAUCAACUGCAGCAUUAAUCUUAGAGACAGAAACAGAACAUGUUAUUGCAACUAACACUCCUAUCUUAAGGAACGAUAUGAGCGAAACGAUUCACUCUCUCAAAGAUGCAUCCAUGAGAGAAAUAGGACUCUCAUUAUAUGAAAACGUGAAUCGAAAUUUGCGUUCCAUUUCCUGUUCGAAAAUUGUUGGUUUCAGCAUACCAGGAGGCAUUAUCAGAGCACAUAGAAUGUGUGAAGAGUCUGGUUUAGAUUGGAUCAUUGUUCUUCAUGAAUCUACUUAUCAACAGGAACUAACUAUUGGAAUUAUUAUUGCUUCUCUCAUUAAUACUGGUAUUGGAUUGAUUGGUAUUAUCAUUGGAGUUGUUGUAACAGUGAAAAUAGUCCAACCUCUUGGAGACAUCAUGAAUGAAUUUUCCCCACCUUUUCAAACAUUGUUGGAUAAAUCGAACUUCCAUUAUUCAAAUCUAAAAGAGAUUCGAGAGGUUCAGACAAACUUUACCGGUUUGAUUGAUCUACUUAAAAAGUAUAGGUCUGUGAUUCCACCUCACGUUCUAACAAAAUUAGACGCCCCUAAAGAAGCAAUUAAUACUAGAGACAGCACGAGAGAAAAAUUACAAUCACACAAUUCUGAUUUCUCGAUUGUUAGCUCAAGAUCCCUAAAAGGAGACGACAUGGUCAAACCAUUUUUACAUCACGCGCUAGAUCAAAGAAGAAUUACAGUAGCUUUAUUUUAUCUAGAAGGCUUUGAAGCUUGCAUGAAGGAGCUCUAUCACACAGAUGUAGUUUCCAUUUUGAAUGAUUUCUUAAAUGUCGUUCAAAAGGUUUGUGAAACGUCUAACGGACACCUUGGCCAAUUUCAGAACAAUAUGGCAACUAUUUCUUGGAAUUCAGCGAAUGAAGUCUUACUUCAUGAACAGCAAGGUUUGAUUUCCUCAAAACAGGUAUUAGAAAAACUGAUUUUUGUGCAACAGUCGAAAUGGAGGCAGUCAUCCAUACCUUCGGAUGUGGUAAAGAUGCUUAAUUUUAAAUCAGCUAUUCUCUCUCAAGAUGUUCUGUGUGGGGCAAUUGGAACAUCACAAUGGAAAAGCGUGUCAAUCGUGGGAAGCAACUCCUUUAACUUGGAUCUCAUCUUAAAGCAUGCACUGAAAUUAGAUGUUGAUAUCAUUGUGACUGACGAUAUUUUACGUGCAAAUAACUCUUCGUUUUGUCACAGAUUCGUAGGCACAAAGAUGCUUUAUGAUUUUGAUGAAAUCAUCUCUCCAUACUCCUCCACAAAGGACUACAUUAAUAGUAUGAAAAAGAAACCAACCAAAUUGUAUCAAAUAGGUGAGGCCAUUGAACAGGUUACCACUGAUAUAGAAUGGAUGUAUGAACUACAAUCCUCGAUUAACCGCUCAGAGAAAUGGAAGUAUUAUAAUGAUGGAGUGAACUAUAUGCUGGAGGGAAACAAUGACUAUGCCAUGCACAUGUUUAAAAUUCACAUGGCCAAUUAUCGAAAAAUUAAUGAACAGGAUGAUAAGGUUGCAACGUACAUGAUGAAAAAAUGUGCUACGAACGGAAAAUUGAAAAAAAAUUCGUUUAUGCAGCACUAA